UGAGUCCGAACGAAAAACGCUCCAGACUGUGAGCUGAAGGCGGAGUCUCGGAGAGGGUGGUGUGAAAAGAGCCCAUAGUUGAGAUGACGCAGACAAUACAAUACGUUCUGGUCACCGGUGCGACCGGCUUCAUUGGUGCUCAUGUCGUCGACCAGCUCCUCAGCCGGGGCAUCAGAGUCCGCGGUGCGACGCGGUCGCUAGCAAAGGGGGAGGCCAUGGUCAAAGCCCGGCCCCAGUACGCCGGACAACUCGAUUUCGUUCAGAUCAGGGACUUCGACGGGGUCAGCGAGGCCGAUGAGGCCAGCAUAUUCGAGGAUGCCGUCAAGGGCGUGGACGGCGUGAUUCACACCGCAAGCCCACUGACCUACAAUACAACCGACAACGAAAAGGAACUCAUCCUCCCCGCGAUAGCCGGCGUCCGCGCGAUCCUGACCGCCGCCUCCCGCGCCCCCUCGGUCCGCCGCGUGGUGCUCACCUCCUCCUUCGCCGCCGUCAUGGACGCCAACCGCGCCGCGCCGCCUUACUUCACCUACACGGCGGCCGACUGGAACCCGCUCAGCUACGCCGAGGCCGCGGACGCGGCCACCUCGGCCGUGAUCGCCUACCGCGGCUCCAAGAAAUUCGCCGAGCUCGCCGCCUGGGACUUUGUCCGCGACCGCGCGCCGCACUUCGACCUCGCCACCCUCUGCCCGCCCAUGACCUUCGGCCCCGUCGUGCACCCCGUCGAGAGCGUCGACAGGCUCAACGAGUCCAACGCCAUGCUGUGGAAGGUCGCGAGCGGGCAGAGGCCGCUGCCCGUUGCGCGUGUGCCGUUCUGGGUGGACGUGCGCGACGUGGCGCAGGCGCAUGUCGAAGCGCUGCUGCGGCCCGGGGCGGGCGGGAAGAGGUUCCUGCCCGCUGCGCCGGAGCGGUUCUCGUAUGGCCUUGCGGCGAGGAUUGUGUUGGAGGAGUUUGACUGGGCGAAGGCGAGGGGUGUACGGGAGGAGGAACAGACGAUUGAUGAGAGUCAUGGUGUGGAUGGCGAGACGGCGGCGCGCGAGCUGGGGUUGCGAUAUAGGAGCUUUAGGCAGACGGCUAAAGAGCUCGUGGCACAAGCUGCGGCUAUGAAGGGUGCUGGGCUUACAUCGUAGUGUGACUACUCAUACUGUAGUAAUGCAUAUGGCACGAAAUGUUGGGAAGGCUUCGACCAUCUACAAAGAUCUACGAAAGUCCCUAGAGGUUGCCAACUUUAAUCGAGG